AUGGUGAGGAUGCUGGGCUGCAGUGUGCCUCUCCUCCCUACUCCCCUCCUCCCUGCUCUGCACAGCCACCCGCCCAGUGUGCUGCUCAACUGGAAGGUCAGAGCCCGCCCACACUCCCCCAAUGCUACUUCUCAGGCAGUGAUUGGCUUUUUGGCUUGCUCGUCAGCCCCCAGCCUCACCUCCCCCUCCCUGAGUGUUAACACCUUCGCUCUCUGGCUGGCUCAGUGCCCUGGUCGGCACACGCCAGCUUCAGCCUGCUUUGGCAGUGAAAAGGCUUUCUGA